GCGGUGCUGUGACGGCGGGAGCGCUUUAUCUGAAAAGAAGAAAUAACCGGUAACAGCAGCAAGAUUGUCUCUCCCCCACCCAGGCUAUGCAGGAGCAAUGGAGGAUUCUGAUGAAGAAACCUUUGAUGUAGCCAUCUCUUCCUUCUCUGAUGCAGAGUUUGAUGCAAUUGUUGGGAAUCUGGAGGAUAUCAUAAUGGAUGACGAUUUCCAGCUAAUGCAGAGGACUUUUAUGGAGAAGCACUACCAGGCAUUUGAUGACUCAGAAGAAAAUAAGCUCAUCUAUACUUGUAUUUUUAAUGAAUAUAUCCGUUUAGUAGAGAAAUACAUUGAAGAAAAGUUGCUUGAACGGAUUCCUGGUUUCAAUAUGACUGCUUUCAUAAUGUCACUGCAACAGCACAAAGAUGAAAUUGCAGGUGACAUAUUCGAUAUGCUUCUCACAUUUAUUGACUUUCUGGCUUUCAAAGAAAUGUUUCUGGAUUACAGAGCUGAAAAGGAAGGCCGAAGUGUGGAUUUAAGCAGUGGGCUAGUGGUGACUUCACUAAACAAAUCAUCAAUGUCCUCCUCCUAGAACAGUUUAUGCAAGACUUUGCUUCUGCAGAUGAAGAAUCCUGGAACUUUAAAGGAAUCCUGUUGACAUAUUUUGUAAUUGUAGAGCUAAAGUAAUGGUUUGCAGCUAAAAUUGAAAAUAUCCUGUCAUUGUUUUUAUUGAAGUACAUUUUCAUUCUUUUUCUGUUGCAGUUGUUUCAAUUAAUUACUUCAGUCAAUGGCAGUGUGAGUAAGUACCUCGGCAGUUA